CAUCCUCUAGGCAUCAUGUUUAUACAGGAUCUGCGUAAUGACUUCUACCGCCAGCUGGUGGGGAAGCGCAUCCUCAUCAUCGUCAACUAUGACAUCGAUGCCAUCUGCGCCAGCCGCAUCCUGCAGGCACUCUUCAAGUACGAUCACAUGCUGUACACGGUGGUGCCCAUCAUGGGCGUCACUGGCCUGAGGCGGGCCUAUGGCGAGCACCAGGGCGAUGUCAAGUACGUCGUCCUCGUCAAUUGUGGCGGCUGUGUGGACAUUGUGGAGCUCCUGCAGCCGGCCGAGGAUGUGACCUUCUUUAUAUGCGACUCGCAUCGGCCCUUCGACGUCUGCAACAUCUACAGCGACCGGCAGGUGUGCAUUCUGGGCGAUGCCAGUCUGGAGGAGAACAUACCCGCCUUCGAGACCAUAUUCUACGACUCGGAUGGAGAGGACGACGACCAGGAUGGCGAGGAGGAGGACGGCGAGGAUGAGAACGACAACGAACAGGAUCAGAACGACAGUGGUGCGGGAGAGUCCGAUCAGGAGGAUGGAGAAUCUCGGCCGCCCAGGAAGAACAAGCUCAGUCGCCUGGAGCAGCACGAGCAGCGGGUCCUGAAGCAGCGAGCCCGCCGGCAGUGGGAAUCGGAGCGCGAUAGGAUCAUGUUCGAGUACACCCAGUUCAGCUACUAUGGCCGCUCCACGGCCCUGCUCAUCUUCGAGCUGGCCUGGAAGCUGUCCAAGGACAACAUGGACCUGCUCUGGUGGGCCAUCGUGGGCAUCACCGAGCAGCUGCUCCUCGGCAAGAUCGAGAGCGGCGCCUACACCCUCGAGCUGGAGCAGAUCCAGUCCCAUGUCUCCCGCCUGACGAACAAAACCAACGACCAGAACACGAUGAGUGCCUCCAAGAUCUGUUUCGAAAACGAUCUGCACCUGGUCUUGUACCGUCACUGGCCAGUCACGGAGUCUAUGAGGUACUCCCGGUAUGCCAGUUGCCAGCUGAAGCUGUGGACGCUGCGCGGCGAGAAGCGUCUCCACGAACUGCUCCUGGAGAUGGGCCUGCCGCUGGUCCAUGCCCGCCAGACCUACGGUGCGAUGGACUUGGUGCUGCGCAAGGAAUUCUACUCGAUGGUGGAGCGUCUGGCGGAGAAGUACGACAUCCCGGACAUCGUCUAUGGAACCUUUACCCUGAGCUACGGCUACAGGAGCAGAUAUGCGGCCGCCGACUACGUCUACGCCCUGCUGGCCAUCAUGGAGUCGGUGAAGAAGCACAAGACUCCGGAGGAUUGUUUCCUGGAGGCCUCCGACGCCCUCAGCCGCCAGCACAAGCAGCUCCUGGCCGCGGGCAUCGAUCAGGCCAAGCUUCUCCAUGCGGCCGUCUUCCGGCAGGUGCAGAGCAGCCUGGAGGCCCGCCAAGUCCACUCGGCGGGCUCCUUCUUCUACUAUGUGCUGCAGGAGGAGCACGCGUUCUUCUCCUAUCCGUAUGCCCUCUGUCUGCUGGCGCGUUUCCUGCUGCGCGGGCACGUGGCCACGAGUCGGGCCCGCCAGGCGCCGGACCUGCCGCUGAUCGCUACCUGCCCCCUGGACGCCGUCAACGGCAUGUGCCUGCUGGUCGGGAUCGCUCCCGUAAGGGAGGAUUCGCCGCGCAACUUCUUCGGCAAGGCCUUCGAACAGGCGGCCCAGAAGAGCGGUGUCUCCCUGCUGCAGGACUUUUUCGAGCCGGCGGUGGUCCAGCUGCGUCAGAGUGACCUCACCCGCUUCCUGGACGCCCUCACCGUACUGCUCACAUAGUUUCCACAUCCAUUAUAGCGCCUAGUUUAUGUUUUUUUUUCUAAGAUAGACCCCUAAGACCACCACCCCCUGAGAGAGACCUAAUACGAUAAUAUUUUAUAAUUAAUACCCCCCCCCC